AUGGGCACGAAUGUCGCCCCGAAGUGGUUCAGCGGGGCGCCUUUUGGUGUGCAGAGCCACAGGUUCGACGUGUCCGCUGUCUACCCCAACCAGAAGAAGUACAGCACCUUCACAGAGGCCCCGUAUUCCCGGCGCUACUCCGAGGAGGUGUCCCACAUAGGACCGGGAACCUAUAGCUCCAAGGAGACCUGCUUCAGCAAGAAGAAGCUGAAGAAGGAGGUGGGCACAGGCUGGGCCCGGGCCCAGGAAGCCACGCGGCUGACCCAGCUGCCCCACUUCCAGUACCAGGCCAUCCUGAAAGAGAAGAAGCAGCAGGGACACAAGCUGGGGCCCGGCUCCUACAACAUCAAAGACUUCCUACAGCUGCUGCAGCACAAGCCGUGCAGCACGCGGGGGCUGCUCAGCUCCGGGGAGACGCGCUUCCGGGGCUUCAUUGGGAACUACUACCCAGGCCCUGGGAAUUAUGGGGAGCGAGGUAACCCCUACACGCGGCUGGAGGAGAAUGCCUGGAACCGGUCCCACUCCGAGGGCCUGCUGUGCAGGAUGAGCAAGAAGCCGUCCCCCCUGGUUCACCAGGGCAGUGGCCUGGGACCCGGCACCUAUACCCUCAAGAGCAGCAUCGACACCUACGUGGCUCGGUCCAUUGGCACCCGCGGCCCCUAUGACAUCUUCUCUGGCGAACGGAGUGAGCCGCUGCCUUUCGGUCAUUUCUCUGUGCAGAAGAAAAAGGCUAGGGAACUGAUGAGUUUCAAGAGCUUCGUGGAAGAACUGAACUCACGUCACAACAAGAAUCGCGGUGUUUUCUCAAAACUUCCCCGCAACCCGGAGACGCCCACGGAGAGGAUCUACUGGGCCACCGUCAGCCAGUGUCCCCGGAAGCUGGCCACGUCUGGCCCUGGCUCGUGGCUUCCACAGGAGAAGAAGUGCCAGCCUGCCAGCCUGCCCCCCUUCCUCCUGGCCUCCAAGCGGACCAGCAUCAAGACAUACCAGGUGCUUGGGGCGUGGAACCCCGUAGGCGUGGGCCGCUACUUAAACACCAGGCUGAUGGAGACCAAGGAUAGACGGAAGCGAUACCGGUCCCUGUACCUGGGGGUUUCCAAGCGCUACCUCUCAGACCCAGCCCAGGAUACCCUCAUGCAGGAAAGGAUCACACCUGUUACCAAAGGGAAGUGCCCUCCAGUUGUGGAUCACAGCUCAGAUCCGACUCCGUAA